UCCUUUUCUUGGCAACACUAGAUAUCGGGUCAUCAAAAAUGGCAGACGCACCGAUCGACUGUGAAUUCCCUGUUUGGGGAUUAUUGCCGAAAAAAGAGACGGGAGUUGUCUCGUUUUUGAAUAAAAAUCCUCUCUAUGAUGGCCGAGACACUGUUAUUGCAAUUUUUGAUUCUGGUGUAGACCCGGCAGCGUCUGGUCUUCAGGUGACGAGCACGGGUGAGACGAAGGUUAUUGAGAGGUUUGACUGUAGUGGGUGUGGCGACGUGGACACUAGUACGGUUAUUCGUAAAGUUGUUGACGGAUGUAUUACCGGCCUUACAGGGCGCAAAUUGAAGAUUCCAGAAUCUUGGAAGAACCCAUCGGGUGAAUGGAGGGUGGGUGUUCUGUACCCAUUCAGCUUGUAUCCGUCUAAACUAAAGGAGCGCAUUCAGGAGCAUAGGAAGGAGCACUUGUGGGAUGUUGGACACAAGCCAGCUUAUGCGGAAUCUAACAAGCAGCUGCAGGAUUUUGAAAGUGAUGUUGUAUCAAAGAAUCCAACCCUCAGCCCGGAAGAUAAGCUGCUUAAGGAGGAGUUGGAGACCAGGGUGGAAGUGUUACAAGCUGCUGAGAAGAAGUACUCGGAUCUUGGGCCUACUUAUGAUUGUGUUUUGUUCCAUGAUGGGACUUCUUGGAGAUCAUGCAUAGACACAUCAGAGAGUGGUGACUUAGCCUCCAGUCCAUGCCUCGGCGAGUACAGUAUUACUCACGAGCACUCGCACUUGACGGAGCUGGACGAGAUGACGGUCUCCAUCAAUGUUCACGACGAGGGACGCACGCUCGAGGUCGUCGCUAUGUGUUCGACCCACGGCACCCACGUAGCGGCUAUCGCAGCUGGCUACUUCCCCGACGAGCCAGACAAGAAUGGAGUCGCUCCCGGAGCCAAAAUUAUCUCCCUCACUAUUGGAGACAGUAGACUGGUUUCUAUGGAAACCGGCACAGCGUUGGUUAGAGCGUGUAUCAAAGUUAUGGAGCUUAGUAAAAAGAUGAAGAUUGACGUAAUUAAUAUGAGCUAUGGGGAGCAUGCUCACUGGUGCAAUACUGGGCGGGUGGGCGACAUAAUCUGCGAGGUGGUGAACCGCUACGGCGUGUCGUGGGUGGUGUCGGCGGGCAACCACGGCCCGGCGCUCUGCACAGUCGGCGCGCCGCCGGACAUCGCGCAGCCCGUGCUUAUCGGUGUGGGCGCAUACGUGUCACCGGACAUGACAUCAGCAGCAUACUCCAUGCGCGCGAAGGUGGCGGGCGGCUUGUUCUCGUGGAGCUCGCGCGGGCCGUGCGCGGACGGCGCGCCCGGCGUCACCGCGUGCGCGCCCGGCGGCGCCGUCGCCUCCGUAGCUAGGUAAUGUCUCACCAGUACACGCGCGCAGGUGGCGGGCGGCUUGUUCUCGUGGAGCUCGCGCGGGCCGUGCGCGGACGGCGCGCCCGGCGUCACCGCGUGCGCGCCCGGCGGCGCCGUCGCCUCCGUAGCUAGGUAAUGUCUCACCAGUACACGCGCGCAGGUGGCGGGCGGCUUGUUCUCGUGGAGCUCGCGCGGGCCGUGCGCGGACGGCGCGCCCGGCGUCACCGCGUGCGCGCCCGGCGGCGCCGUCGCCUCCGUAGCUAGGUACAGUACACGCGCGCAGGUGGCGGGCGGCUUGUUCUCGUGAAGCUCGCGCGGGCCGUGCGCGGACGGCGCGCCCGGCGUCACCGCGUGCGCGCCCGGCGGCGCCGUCGCCUCCGUAGCUAGGUACAGUACACGCGCGCAGGUGGCGGGCGGCUUGUUCUCGUGAAGCUCGCGCGGGCCGUGCGCGGACGGCGCGCCCGGCGUCACCGCGUGCGCGCCCGGCGGCGCCGUCGCCUCCGUAGCUAGGUACAGUACACGCGCGCAGGUGGCGGGCGGCUUGUUCUCGUGGAGCUCGCGCGGGCCGUGCGCGGACGGCGCGCCCGGCGUCACCGCGUGCGCGCCCGGCGGCGCCGUCGCCUCCGUAGCUAGGUACAGUACACGCGCGCAGGUGGCGGGCGGCUUGUUCUCGUGGAGCUCGCGCGGGCCGUGCGCGGACGGCGCGCCCGGCGUCACCGCGUGCGCGCCCGGCGGCGCCGUCGCCUCCGUAGCUAGGUUUACAUUAAAAAAUUCACAACUAAUGAACGGUACAUCGAUGGCCGCCCCUCACGUCGCCGGCAUUGUCGCGGCGCUUAUUUCUGGUCUAAAAGCCAAAGAGCUGCCAUAUUCUCCAUACUCAAUAAAGAGAGCCAUAGAGAAUUCAGCAACGUUCCUCAACAGCGUCGAGCCGUGGGCGCAGGGUUGCGGACUUAUCAAUAUCGAAAAGACUUUCGAUCACCUCACAACAUAUCACGGCGUGCCAGAGCGUGACGUCACAAUCAGCGUGCAGUGCGGGCCCCACAACGGCAAGGGCAUACUGCUGCGACCCAAAUUAAACGAUGUGCCAAAGGACAUAGGGAUCACUAUCCAACCGCAGUUCUUGCAAAGCCAUCUGGAUAUGGAGAACAAAACGCUGAUACCGCGGCAGAUCAACUUCUCCAUGAACCUGGCUCUGUCCUGCAACGCCGAAUGGGUCUCUGCUCCCGCUUUCCUGUCCUUAGCGAAUACUCCGCGGCCCGUAUCUGUGAGGAUACAGACCGCUGCGUUACCAUCCGGACCUCAUUUCACAAGUAUCGACGCAUACGACACUAACUGCAUAGAGAAAGGGCCGGUGUUCAGGAUACCUAUAACCGUGCUGCAAGCUGAAUCGGCGCAGCCCGACUCCAAAGGCUUGCUUCUGUCCGAGUCCGCCGUUUACGCGCCGCAUACCAUCAAGAGGCAUUUUAUUAUACCGCCUCUAGAAGCGACGUGGGGCGUCCUGAAGCUCACAACCAAAGACAAGGAGCAGACGGGCCGUUUCCUCAUCCACACCAUGCAGCUGUUGCCACAUGAGAGUUGCCGCGCGCACGAGACGCAGAAGAUGAUCUCAGUCACAGCCGAGGCGCCCGCAGUACACCCCUUCGCUGUUGUGGGCGGUGUAACCUUAGAAGUUGUAAUAGCAAAAUACUGGGCGAACAUAGGAUCACUAGAAACCGACUACACCAUCGAGCUUCACGGACUGAAGCCUAGCUGUGGCCCAAAGCUACGACUGUUAGCGUCCGAAGGCCCGCGAGGGACGUCGUUGACGUCACUGCGAAUGCAAGACGCCCAGCCUAACGCUAAUCUGAAAUACAGCGAACCAGUCAUCAGGCCGUCGGAAUCAAAAUUGUCGCCGCUAACAUCUAGGGAUGUAGUCCCCCCAAGCAAGCAGAUCUACCAACUUAUCAACACUUACAAUUUCCACAUCGCAAAGGCUACCGAGGUAUCACCAAUAGUAUCGCCACUGUGCGACAUGUUAUACGAGUCGGAGUUUGAAGCGCAGAUGUGGAUGUUAUAUAACAGCUGUAAGCAGCUCAUGUUUGUAGGGGAUGCGUAUCCUUCCAAGUAUUCAGUGAAACUAGAGAAGGGCGACUACGUGCUCCGAUUGAAUGUUCGGCAUGAGAACAGGGCGUUGUUAGAUAAAUUGCAAGAGUUACCGGUGGCGAUACAGCAGCGAUUACCGCAGCCGAUCUCGCUGGACGCCUACUGUACUAGAGCUCAGGCUUUAACCAGUGGCAAGAAAUUCAGCUCAGCAGCCGUCCCAAGUGGAAGUAUUCUACCGGUUUACUUCGCGCCAGUGCCUUCUGACAAAAUCAGCCGUUCCAACCUAACCAUAGGCCACACCCUAACCGGCACAGUGACGUUCGCCAAGGACGAGCUAGGCCGCAAGGUAGACACCUAUGAAUUGCAAUAUGUCGUCUGUGAACCGCCGAAGAGGACCACCAAUAACAAUAGGGAUAAAGAGAAGACGAAACCGAGCGAGGACUAUAUGGAGGCCAGCAAGGAAUUUAUGACCAACUGGUUGACUAAAUUAGAUGGUGACAAAUUAGAGCAAGUGUACGAAGAAGUAUUAGAAAAGUUCCCGGGAUACCUCGGGGCACAUAUUGCAUAUUUACACGGCAUCGACUCGCCUACGGAUCCUAAAAAACUCCCCAACGCCGACGAAGAAACCGACGUGACGACGGCGUGGUGCGAGCAGCUCAUCGCCACCGCGGACAAGGUGAUCAAGCAGAUCGACCAGGAGAAGCUGCUCGCCUAUCUCGGCAUGAAGAACGAUACUAGGAGCGACGCCACGAAAAUUAAACAGGAACAUGAAAAACAACGCGGCUACCUGAUCGAUGCGCUGUGCAGAAAGGGUACCGCGCUGUGCCGCCUCAAGGCUCUGGCGCAGAGCCCCGCCGCCAAGGACAAGCUACUGGCGCAGCUCACUGCCAAUAUGGCCGACUUGCUCAAGUUCACCGACCUCACCGAUGCCAAGGCGAUCCACUACGGCGUUUGGCACUGCUUCACCCUCAAGCACUGGGGGCGCGCGAUCAAGCUCCUCACCAAGCUGCAAGAGGACCGGCCCUCGCGCGAGGUGGAGGAGCGCCUCGUCCAGGCGUACACGCAGCUCGGCUGGGACCACCUCGUCAACUACACGCAGUUAUCCUUACCGAUCAAGUACCCUAGUAGCUACCGCCCGUUCUAAACUUUUACUUUCCAAUAUACAAGAUUACCGCCGCGUGAAAUACGGAAGAGGCACUGGGGCCCUAGCCAAGAUAAUAAUCGUAUAUCGAUAAACGCCAAUCUAGAAGUAAACAUGUAUAGGGUGUGGUACGAAAAGUGGCGUAAUCAUUUUCAUACGUUGUACAGGGUGAUUAAAAAUAAGUGCAUUCGCGUUGCCAGGGAGGUUUUUGGAUUAUACUGAGCAACUUUAAGGACUAGCCCCGAAAUCGCGAAAAAAAUUGUGCUGUUUCAUACAUUUUGGCUGGUCCAUUUUCUAUGGAGGGUAUUUUUUUUUUCGCGAUUUCGUGGUUGGUCCCAUAGUAAAAGUUGCUAAGUAUAAUCUCAAAACCUCCCUGGUAACGGGAAUGCACCUAUUUUUUUGCCAUCUGUAUAAGUUUCGUUUGACGUUUUCUACAAACGAUUAUCACUUGGCUAGGCCCCUUCUCGGUUGGAAUUACCUAAAAUAAUUGAACAUAAUUUUUGUGUAAUAGACGGAAGAUGUCUCAAUUUCAUUAUGUGACUAAAAACUGACUUCCUAAUCGUGUCGUAAAAAUGCGAUUGAGUUUGGGUUUUUAAAUCCUUUGUCAAAAAUGUUCGAUUAGAAAUUCAGCCUAUAUUUUAUUUAUUUAUCAAUUGACAAUUUUCAUCGCCGUCGCUAAUGUAAAUGCACAAAAUUUAGCUUAUAGCAGAAUUUAUAUCAACCACAAUGAAAUAUUAAAUGUACAUAUUUAUUUUAUUUUUUGUACACAGCCAUAAACUAUUAUAUAUAUACAAGAUAUAUCCAAAUACAUAUUGUUCAGGAUUGCUAGCGCAAAAAUAUACUGCCUGAUAUGCCAGUUUCGGUGAUUAUAAAGCCUGACCAGUAAUAUAUGAUCAUUGUCAAUAGGGCGCUGUUCAUUCUCAUGUAUAAGGUGACAGUUAAGUAUAGUAUGAAAAAAAUAGUUUCAGUGAAAUUCCGCAACAUGGCGCGUGAUCAUAUAUUCCUGGUCAGGGUUUACAUUACUUCCAAAAAUAUUUAAAGAAACCCAAGAUUUUAACAAAGUUUAAAAUACUGCGGAUAUAUUUAAAGACAAGAUUAGAUAAAAUAUUACCUGCCCAUAGAAUAAAACAGUAUAGAAAUAGCAUUGUAAGCAUGAUACAUAUAUUGUAGUUUAGUUAUGGAAGUACAUGUUUUCAUUGAAGUGUUCAUGAGGUUUUUAGACUUUACCUAACAAUUAGCUCAUUAGAGUAUAAUAUAUCUUAAAAUCGUUUACGUGUCACCUAUUCACUGCCGUUGAUUGCAAUUUUAUAAUCAGUGCGGGCACGGACGGUGCCACACCGCGAGAUUCAAAGUAGAAAUCUUAUUAAAAACUUUAAAAAUCUUAUUUAAAAUAACACUCAAUAGAAUUACUUUGUCGAACGAUCUCGGCAUUUGAGUCAUGUCCAUAUUAAUUUCUAGUAUUUACACACUGAAUCCCUUUUAAUAAUUGACUUGACCUAAUAAUCUUUUAUUACCUUUCGUUUUAUUUACACAUGUAUUGUCUUAUCCAAAAGGUUAAUUGUAGAAGAGGGGUUAUGUCAGGGUGCUUUUGUUUAUGCUCAAACACUAUUAUGUGUAAACAUUCAACAUGUUUCUUAAAUUGUUAAGAUUAUAAUUAUUUAACAACGUAAAUAACAUUGUUCGUAAGAAAACUCGCCAGUAUUGUGACAAAUGUAAUCUUAAUAUUUUUCAUUAUGUUGUAUUAUAAUGUCAUUUCUUAUACCCUGUUUAGUUUAAUUAUUUAGUUUGUUUACAUUUAAAUAUAUUUGACAGUCUUUAUCAUAUAAUAUAAUGCAAUUGACCCUUAAGUUAUAUUUUAUUGUCGAAAUUGUAAACGAAUGACCUCACUAGUGUAAAAAAACGAAGUAUAGUCGAAGAGUUACAAUAGAGCCACGAGAAAGUCGAAACGCUUAAUCGUGGCCACCGGGUUAAUUUCGACUUCAACGUAGACCCUAUGAGUUCUAAGUUACGUUAGUAUGUAAAAAAACACAUCAUUUAAUAAUAGAAAACCGGCCAAGUGCGAGUCGGACUCGCUCUCCGAGGGUUCCGUACUUUUUAGUUCUUGUUGUUAUAGCGGCAACAGAAACACAUCAAUUCGUGAAAAUUUCAACUGUCUAGCUAUCACGGUUUCAUGAGAUACAGCCUGGUGACAGACAGUCAGACGGACAGCGGAGUCUUAGUAAUAGGGUUCCGUAUUUACCCUUUAGGUACGGAACCCUAAAAAGUAUCUCGCCUUCAUGUCAUGUAAUAUGGUGCUUAUCACAAGGCGCAAUGGUUUUAUUUUGGUAAAUAAAAUGUUAAUAAACGUGCGUUCUCUGAAAGUAUGUUUGAUGUGGCGUUCGCGCCACAACUUUUUAAAUAGAUUCUGUAUGAAGCAAUUGAACCACAUACAUCUUUUGGGAGUGGCCUAAAAUUUAAGUUUUAGGUAAAUUAUUAAUAUAUUCUGAAAUGUAAUUGAAUUUUACUUGGAAUAAUUAUGUAGAUUUUCCAUUUAGGCGCGUUCCCACUAUGUCGUAAGUAACGGCAGAUAGCCGUGCGUCGUGGCCUGUACAUUUAACUGGAGGUGUUGAAGAACGGUAAUCUUCCUGUUGUGGCUCGUAUCUGUCUUUACGACAAAGUGGGAACGCGGCCUUGCGUAUUUAUUUUCACAUUGAGCAAUAAUUAAACUUAUUUGUUAUCGUUAUUGUAUGUCUAUUUAAACAUUGUGUUUGUUGAGAAGGAGCCAAAUGCCGUUAAGAUGAGCUGGUAUUAUAAAUCCAUUUUUAUUAUUAUUAAUGUAUCAAGAAUUAUUUUUUAAACUAAAACCCAUUAGAUGUCCGUGGGAGUCCCUUUUGAAUCUCCCCAAAUUUAAGGAGAUUUUUAUACAAUAAUGUAGUAGUUAAUAUUUUGCUUCGCGAUUAUGAUAUGCAUUGUUUUUUAAUGAAUUGUUGAUAAGCAGAAAUAAAGCGUUUUAUGAUUAA